AUGAUAGGAAAGAAAAGAAAUGAGACAACAACAGAGAGGUACACCCCUCCCACACUUGAGGAAAUCGAGGAGUAUUUGCAGGACCUCUUGCCUUCUGAGCGUCUGAACAUCCCCGGGACUGUCCUCAUCCAGAACUCCACACAACCCUCUGUUACGGACCUUGAUAGACCUCUUGAGGACAAAGUAAGACUCUUCACAGACCAGGAAGUAACCUUUGAUCAGACCAAACCCACAGCAGACUCCCAGAUGACAGGUGUCACUGACAUUCCAAAGAUGACACCGACUGAUGGUCAGAAGUCAGCUGGCACUGCCGGCAAGCUGACAGUGUCCAGUGAAGAUGGCCAGUUGAAGACCCUCGGCAUGAUCCAGAUGACAUGGGAUGAUCAGAUCAAUACCCCCAGUGAGAACCAGACUCUCCAUGGAGCUCAGAUGACAACUCUUACAGAGCGGCAUGGGAGGACUCCCGGUGGUGACCAGAUCCUCGAUGGGGCCCAGAAGAGCAACACCACUGGUGGCCAGAGUUUCUAUAGGGGUCAGAUAAGCAACUCGACUGGUGACCAGACCCACUAUGAGGGUCAGAUGAGCGCCCCAGCUGGGGACCAGACCCUCUAUGGGGGUCUGAUGAGCACCCCAACUGCGGACCAGCCCUUGUAUGGGGGCCAGAUGAAUGCCCCAAAUGGUGACCAUCAGACCCUCUAUGGGGGCCAGAUGAACACCUCAGCUAGUGACCAGACCCUGUAUGUGCGCCAGAUGAACUCACCAACUGGUGAACAGACCCUGUAUGGGGGCCAAAUGAACACCCCAGCUAGUGACCAGAACCUGUAUGUGCGCCAGAUGAACUCACCAACUGGUGACCAGACUCUCUAUGGGGGCCAGAUGAUGACCAAUAGUCAUUCUUUGGUUCAAGGGCAACUCUUAGAAAAGCAGAAUUGGAACCUACAGACCCAGCGCUUUCAGCCUCCGAAGAAUCCUUUGAAUCCUUUGAAGCCUUACGUCUGUACAUGUCCUGACUGUGGGAAAUCUUACUCAAAGUCUUCCUACCUCCAGAUCCAUAAGCGUAAACACACAGGGGAGAAGCCCUAUGAAUGCAGUGAGGAAGGAUGCCCAUGGAGAUUCUCCCGCGUGGACGCGCUCAGCAGACACAAGAGGAAGCACUCUGGGGAGCGGCCCUACACGUGUACCAAGUGCGACAAGAGCUUUGCGCGAUCUGAUCACCUGCGACAGCAUCAGAAAGUCCAUAGAUGA